AUGAGCUUGAUCACAGAAGAAGAAAUUAAACGACAAUCAAAUGAUCAUAGUAGACUUGUCGAUAAAAACAAUAAAGAUUGUAUUAAGGCAGGUGAUGUACUCAUGAUAGAAACAUAUAUAAAUAAGGGAAGCGAUGCGGUUUCUAAAUUCGCCGGCGUUUGCAUCUCAAUUCGAAGACAAGGUAUUGAUACUAAUUUGACUUUACGAAAUGUAAUCUUGAAAGUUGGUGUCGAACAAAGAUUUUCCAUAUACUCACCAAUGAUCAAAAGUAUUAAAAUUUUACAAAGAGGUGAAGGAUUUAGACGAGCAAAAUUAUUUUAUUUAAGAGAUCAACCUGGUAAAGCAUUCCAGAUCGGAGGAUUAGUGAAACAAGAAAUAAUAAAGAGGUUGGCUUCUAAUGAUAAAAAGUAA